GUUUACAGACACCAAAUCUCGCGACAAAUGAACUAGGAAUCCCAUGAUGCACUGCGCGAGCCCGAGGACACGCGGAUCCCCUCUAUCUCUGCUGUAAGGUCUUCUACUGACCGGACGGUCAUUCUAUGUACUUAUGGCUCAUACAACUACAGAAAACACUUUUGACUGGAUCAAACACCUUGAAUUUCAAUGUGCUGGAUUAAUGGUUGUCCUACUCUAGUUGGAGCCUCUGUGGUCAAACGUCUCAGGGAGGAGGAGAUGCAUCGUGUUCUGUCCCAGGGUGCAUUGCGGCAGAUGGCCUACGUGCRGUCCGUGGUCGUGGGCCUGUCGGUGUGUGAGGCUCGCCUGGCMGUGUCGGUGUGUAUUGUAGGCCGCCUGCCCACCGGGCCCGGCCAGCGUUGGGUCAGUACCUCAGCCUUUAACAGGGCAGUGGAACGGCCCAAGCUCCAACCGGAGGACCAGGACCCACCCRGYCUGGCUGGAACAGAGCCCGUCUACGGGGCAGACUCCUCCAAGCUGCCUGUGGAGGCCCUGCCGGAGGCCCCGCCGGAGGCCCCAGAGAUAGACCCUCUGCAGGACAAGUCCAUUGGUCUGGUCCAGAGAUUCAAGAAGACCUUUAAGCAGUACGGGAAGGUGAUGAUACCUGUCCAUCUCCUGACCUCCAGCGUCUGGUUCGGGACCUUCUACUACGCUGCUAUGCAGGGAGUGAAUGUGGUGCCUUUUCUGGAGUUUAUUGUUCCAGAGAAGAUUGUUGGUCUGCUGAAUCACUCUUCUGGUGGUACAUAACUCACUGCCUACGCCAUGUACAAGAUUGCAACACCUGCCAGAUACACAGUGACUCUGGUGGACCGUAAACACGGCUACUUCUCUACCCCGCCGCCUGUCAAAGACUACCUGCAGGACCGGAUGGAAGAGACCAGGGAGAAACUCACAGAGAAAAUGGAGGAGACUAAGGAACUGUUCUCUGAAAAAAUGGAGGAAACUAAAGAACUACUCUCGGGGAAAAUGGAAGAUACGAAAGAACGAUUGUCUGGUAUUUCCGAAAAGAUGGAGGAGACGAAAGAACGURUCUCUGGAAAGAUGGAGGAGACGAAAGAACGUUUCUCUGGAAAGAUGGAGGAGACGAAAGAACGUUUCUCUGGAAAGGUGGAGGAGACGAAAGAACGUCUCUCUGGAAAGAUGGAGGAGACGAAAGAACGUUUCUCUGGAAAGAUGGGGGAGACGAAAGAACGUUUCUCUGGAAAGAUGGGGGAGACUAAAGACAUGUUCUCUGAUAAACUACAGGAAACCAAAGACAAAGUGUCUUACCGAAAGAAGCUAGAUUAGUCUUGUUUACAAGUGGUUGUGAAUAAACACACGUUUGGUGUCUUCAAUGUGGUUGGGGUCAAAGACAGAAUUAAGGCACGUAUUAUGAACCUGUUGAGAGACGAAUGAGUCCAGACACUGUCCUUCUGCCAUCCUGACUGCCCCAGCUAGUACCAUUAUACCUGCUAUAAGGAGGAGGCAUUUCUCAGUUCUAUUAGAAUACACUGAGGAGCAUUUAUGAAUUCUGGGUAUGAAACAAACUUCCUGUUCAAUUCAACAUCGUCCAUCAAAGCCUCAUUGAGGCUGUAACUGCUUGUGUGUCUUUCAAUCACGUUUUCUAAUGUCUUUUUUUAUCCAAUACCCAAAGUUUAAUAUAUUGUGUAUUAUUUUUGUGUUCCUAAUGUCUAAUCAACUGAGAAUUGUGCCUAUAAUAGGAAGUGUGAUUAGAGAAGUCGGUUGAUUGGUUCCUUAAAGGGAUUCUUCUGGAUGUUGGCAAUGAGG